AUGGCUAUGGAGCUCGAGGAGUUGGUUGCUGAAGGCUGCAUGAAGCUUAGGCUAAUUCGUCUGACGUCCACUAGAAGGAGAUAUUCUCUGAGACAUCUCGAUAUAUCUAACUGUGUUGCUCUUCCAAAUCUUCCGCCUUUCAUACCAGAAUGGAUUUCAGUUGCAGACGAACCCAUUUUUUUCCGAUGCCAAGGCACUCGACUCAAGUUUGAAAUAACGGCACUGGGGCCUUUUGAAAAUCUCUGCAUCGACGGGGACAUAAAGAUUAGGUUGCAGCAGCUAGUUGGAGAUGCAGAGUACUUAUCUUACAUUUCCAAGCAACAGACAACAUUUGAACUGAGGCUGAUGCGACCAUCGAAUUGGCCUGAGUCACAUAUUUCUGGUAAAACACUCCACAUCAAACGGUCCUACUACAACAACAACGGUGGCGCACCUUUCAGUUGUAUGAGCUUCUCAGGUUUCUCCUGCUUGGCGGAGUUGAAACUGAUCAACUUGAACAUCGAUAAACUCCCAGAUGACAUCGACCUAUUGCAUUCACUAGAGAAACUGGACCUCACUGGAAAUGAUUUCACGCAUUUGCCCACAACUUUAGGUAGCCUUGAAAAGUUAAAUUUUCUCAUUCUAUGUAACUGCAGCAAACUCGAGGAACUGCCGAGCCUGCCGAGACAGUUGCAGAGGCUCGAACUUUCUGGCUGUACAAACCUCCAAUCAUUGCCGGCGGCACACCAGGAAAGCUCCCAGUUGCUUGAGCUCCAUCUUGACGACUGCAAGAAUGUACAAUCACUGGCACAUAGUCUUGAUAAGUUCACCAAUUUAAUGCUCUUGAAUCUCAGUGGACAUGAUUUUCAGACAAUCCCAACAAGCAUCACAAACCUUUUAAAGCUGGGAACUCUCUGCCUCAACAACUGCAACAAACUCAAAUCUCUCGAAGAGCUUCCACUGAGUCUUAACUAUCUGAAUGCACACGGCUGCAAUUCUUUAGAAACCGUUUUAUUACCCCUGAAUCAUUGUAUGGAACACCUUGAUCUUAGCCAUUGCGCUCAACUGAAUCAGUGUGAAGAGGUGAUCACUCAGUUUCUAAGAGGGUGGAAACAUGAAGAGGAGUUGCUACGAUUCGCUUGCAUUCCUGGAAUUCUAAUUCCUAGAUACUUCGUUAACCAAUUCCCGGGGGGAUCUAUUCAACUUUCCUUCAACAGUGUGGGUUUCACUGCGUGUAUCAUCGUUGCCUGCAGUAGACCCUACCAUCUUCAGUUUUCGGAGUCUUCUUAUUGUUGGAGCUGGGAAGCUGGUGGGGUGUUUCGGAUUAACCUCAGACCAAACAUCUAUCGCUCAUACGGGAUGGAGGAAGAAGAGGCUAUUACAGAGCACUACUUGGUUAUCAUCCAUGUAUUAUGUAGCAAAAACAAAGACCAAGUUGCCAAUUUACUAUUCAAUUCCGCUCUUCAACUUCCAGAGAUGUCUGAGAUCCCACUUGUGGAGAUAAGAGCAUGUGGGGUUCGCAUAGACAUCCCCAACCAAAAUUAA